AUGAAAGCUUCUGUAGCAAGUAGCAACAUUCAUCAUCUAAUUGCUGUCAUCUGUCAAUGUCAGACUCAUAGUUUAUCAAUUGUCAGACGUUGCGUCAUCGCCGUCAUCAAGAUUUUCGAUAAUUUGUUGGAAAGCCAUGAUUUUCGAAUAGUGAAAAUACUUACCAUUCCUAAAGAUGUCUUCGUCAGCAGUUUACAUAUUAGAUGUAAAAGG